CUGAGUUGAAUUUGUCUUCGAUCAAAAACAAUAUUGAUGAGGAAUCGCGUUUAGUUAUCGCUUUUAGUUUUAGACGCAAGUUGAGCACUAAACUUUUCUUACUUUCUACGCCUCCAUGCCAAGUACUUGCUGCACUCUCAGAAGCAGCUCUUAAGAUGGAAGAAUUUUUGAAAAGCAUUAAAGUCUUGGGGACUUUAGGAGAAGGUUCGUUCGGUAAAGUUUACAAAGCGAAAAAAAAUUCGAACGGAAAGUUAGUUGCCGUAAAAGUAAUUAGUAAGAGGGGCAGGUCCACUAAAGAAUUGAAAGGCUUCAGAAGAGAAUGUGAAAUUCAGCGGGAACUACACCAUCCCAAUAUAAUUCAAAUGUUAGAUUCGUUUGAAACCGAAAAUGAAAUAUUUGUUAUAACAGAGUUUGCCCACAAAGAACUAACCGCCAUAUUAAGCAAGGAGGGUUAUUUGCCAGAAAAUAAAGUGCAAAUUCUGGUUUGGGAUUUAGUUUCCGCAUUGAAUUAUUUGCAUUCAAAUAGAGUGUUGCACCGAGAUUUAAAGCCCCAAAAUAUUUUACUCGAUGUUAACAAUAAAGCCAAACUCUGUGAUUUUGGGUUUGCUAGGAACAUGAGUACUGGCACUCAUGUUCUAACUUCAAUUAAAGGAACCCCAUUAUAUAUGGCACCAGAAUUAAUAGAUGAACAGCCGUAUGACCAUAAUGCCGACCUCUGGUCACUGGGCUGUAUUAUUUAUGAAUUGCUGCUGGGCACACCACCAUUUUGCACAUCUUCAAUUUUACAUUUGAUAAGGAUGAUUAAAGAUGAACAAAUUCAGUGGCCUACCUUUUUAUCAGCCGACUGUAGUUCAUUUUUAAAGGGUCUGUUGCAAAAGAAUCCAAACAAGAGAAUGACCUGGGAACAUAUUUUAAACCAUCCCUUUGUCAAGGGACAUAUUUUAAUAACCCAAAAUGUGGCAACUAUGCCUUUAACUCAGCCUCUAUCAGCCAGUGCCCAGGAAAUAAAAGAGCAACAAAGAAAAGAGAGCGUCAAUUACAAACAUUUAAAGUCCACAGGUCAGAGGACGCCGGAAAGCGAAAACAAGAAGCUGGUAGGACAAAGUAAAACACCCCGCAAUUCGAACGAAACCUUGAAAAAAUCAACGAUUCUCAGCGUCAAAGACCACAAAACUGAAAAUGAUACAAAUAUAACCUCGAAUAACAGUCGUGGUUCCUUGCCUUGUCGAGGCAGCGAGGGAACUGACGAGGUCCAAAUUUCAAAAUGCUUAAAAGAAAAAUUGAACUUUAUCGAGGAAAACCACCCCAUCGAAGCCGAUGAGUGGAUAGUGUUCCUGCAGCGAUCCAUCCAAGAGAUAAUGAAUGGCGAAAUGACGUCGCUGCUUCAGCCAAAUCUCACCAACAUUCUCGUUUCUCCAUUGAGGAACUCUAACUCAAACAGCAAAGUACUCAGUUAUGUAGCUAGGCUCCUCUCGGUAGCGUUCGUCGUAAAAGGAACUCCAGAAGAGACCCUCGGCAAAAUAAAAAAGGUAUACGUGGAGGUUAAGCUGGUACCCAACUUGGUGUACGCGUCGAAAUUGAUGGCACGCGAGCCGACUGUUAAUUCCAGUUCUGGGUCGUCGGGCGGACCAAAAAUGGAUAUGGCAGACCGCUACCGGACGGUGGAUCAGUUCGAUUCCGAAGAUUUACGAGCGCUCGAAUGCGUUUACAUGCUCGUCUGUCAUCUGGUGCAUCUUCAGGAUGAAUUUCUGAUGCACUUCUGCGACGCAGUUGCAGUACUCAAUGUCUAUAGUCUGCUCGACACGUUUUUAAGUCUGGCAAAAAAAAGGGUGAGAAUCGCGAUGGAUAUUAUAUCGAUCAUGACCCAUACGAUAAGAAGGUUGCCCGAAAACAGUGAAUUGGUCGAAAAAAUCGUGUGCUGUCGAGCCAGCUCGGGUAGCAAUUCCCCCUCUUUCGCGGACUUUUUGCGCCACUCUGACCCGCUCAUGCGGGAGAGGAUUUGUUACUUUCUGCUGCAGAUGGGCAGGUGCUUCCAAAUGGCAACCAUACAGAUGUUUUGGACGGACGAGCUGAGAGAUACUCUGGAAGCAUUGAUGUUUGACUCGAUCGAGAGUGUUAGAAAUGCCGCAGAAAUGGCUGUGGGGGAACUAAAGCAUAAAGAUUUCUACAAAUUACACGAAUUAAAUGCGGGUUGAAGUCACGGUGUGGAUCGUUAAGAAUAUUUCUUGUGUCACUUAUAUAUUCCAUGUAAAUAUGGAGCCGUUAAAAAAUCGGACAUAAUAGACGCCUUGAUUACUUUUCGCUUACCGAAUACAGUUAAUAGUGGUGCCUUGAAGGGAUAUGUGAAAGAUCUAAGUUGUUCGAGCAAUCGUGGGUCCGGUAAUGAGGUUGCCCUUCUUCCGAUCAGGAAAUGGGAUGGGGUUAAAACGUCCAAGUCAGAAGGAUCAGAGGACAUUGGAGUAAGAGGACGUUAACGGCGACUUUUUUCUCCGGCCCUUACUGUCUCGUCCUCCGUCGCGUCGCAGCAACGCUCCGCGAUCGUACGGCCCCGCACGUGCAAUUUCCAACGCCCCGCCGCGCUCGCCGAUAAACUCCACGGCACCGCAACGACGACCUUCAAACAAUGUUUGGUGCACCGCGCCGCUCCGCCUUGUCUCAGCUGCGCUUUUUUUGGUUGCCGACGUUCGUUUACGGACACGUGAACGUUUCCCUCACAAUUUUCACAUAAUUUUCUUUGCGAAUACAGAUGAUCCAACAAUCUGUACUUCGCAAUUUCGUCGUUUUUCACUUUUGCGGAACACUCAAUAAUUCUCGCAAACUCUCCACUCGAUGGAUCACAAUCCGGCUCGAAGGACCACUAUGUUUCUUCAAUAAUACAAGCGUUUCCUCAAUCACUUAAUAUUUAUUGAAUUUUUCUUUUCUAUAAAUGGACUGUAUCUCACUUUGCGGCGACGUCGCGACCCAUGCUACAACAUUGGUACACAAAAUUAAAAAGAAAUUUACAUAAUUUUGAACUCAACACCUCCAUAUCGGGUUUUUUUUCCCAGGUCGAUUUCGUCGAGUCUUACGAAUAUUGUCGAUAACAUUCGGCCCUUCCUGACCCAUAGAGUGUCCUCACUCUGCGUGUGUGAUCUAAAAGGAGAAAAAGCCAUCUAAGCCAACGAAAUAUAUGUUUUUUUUUUUCAAAAAUCAUUUCACAAUCAACAGCAAAUCUGGAUACUGGUUCUUCGGCAAAAUUAUACGACCUAGAGCAAUUUACCUCAUGUAAAAUAGAAAUGUCAAAAACCAAUAAACCAUAAGAAAAAGCAGUAAAUAGGGGAAAAACAAAAAAACAAUAUUAUGGAAAAUCGCAAAAUAGGGGACAAAACAAAGUUUUUAAUUGUGGGCCCACGCUAUCUAGAGUCUUGGAACGCAGUACCAUCUGAAAUAAUACCAGGUUUUGUUUUCACCCUAUUUCAGUAUCCAAGCCAGCCCAUUCCUCAUCUAGCUACUGGAAAUAUGAGAUUUCCAGGACGCAGUACCAUCUGAAAUAAUGCCAGGCUUUAUCGCCCUAUUUCAGUAUCCAGGCCAGCCCAUCGCCUCAUAUUUCCAGUUACUUAUUCUAAGCUCACCUUAAGUAACCUUUCAUACUAAAAUUGUAUCCAUGGCUUCAUAUUAUCGAUGCCAGCCAGACUCAAGUAAGGUGUCUUUGAUCGUGUCAUCCCAGGAAUGUCUGUAACCUCAUAUCGGUCACACCCCAGUACUUUCGAAACCCUGAAAGGACCUCGCCACUUUGGCAUCAACUUCUGACUGGCUCCCGUUGCUGGACUAGACGUGAUUUUCAAUAAAACCAAAUCUCCCUGUCGAAACCUCUUUGGUGCGCACCGCUUCAAAUCAAACUGCUCCUUUUGGCGAGCCUGAUAUUUGGGAUAAUUAUCUCGGACUUUUUGACGUAACUUUGACACGUCUAUAUCGUCCUUAACUAGCGGAGGGUACAACGCAACUUGUCCAGAGACACGAUACCCGAGUAAAACUUCACUCAGAGCCGCCCCUAGUGCUUUAUUUACUGUUCCAUUUAAACCUAACUGAAUGUUCGGUACAUUGUCAUCCCAGCCGUCAUCUUCUAAGUUCGCACCCAUGGUCGAUAAAGAAUCCAAAAUUGUACGAUUAUACCGCUCGACUUGUUCGUUUCCUCGAGGAAAACCCACCGCAUUUAGGUAGUGAGCAAAACCGCGUAUGUUACAAAACUUUUUAAAUCUUUGUGAAGUAAAUGACGUUCCUCGGUGGCUAAUUAUUCUCUUAAGAAACCCAAAGAACUUAAUCAUGUCCGAUCACGAUUCUAUAACAUAACGUGUUUUCGUGUUUUUAACAGGGUACAUUAAAACGAACUUUGUGAAAGCACAAUUACAAUUACUAAAAGUUGAGUGUUUCCCCGGAUACUGUUAAUAAAAGGUCCUAGGUGAUCGAUAUGAACAAUGUCGAUUUAGAUAGCCUGGUUUUCUGUUGUUGCAAGAUUUUUGAUACAAACAAUUAAGGCAGUUCUUCACAUAUUUCUUUACAAAACGUCUCAUGUGCGGGAACCAGUACAAGCGAGCUACCGAAUCGUACGUUUUAUCAUAUGCAAAAUGACCAAUAUCAUCGUGGUUUAAACGUAAAAUUUGAUAACAUUGCCUCUUCCGGUACUACCCAUCGCGGUCCAAUAUCUGUUACCUUAUAAACUAUUCCACCUUUUAAUUCAUAUUGAUUAAAAAUGUCUUUAUUAUUUUGAAUAUCACCUGAUAAUAAAAUUUUCUUUAUUUCCCUAAUAUUCUUAGAGGAUUCUUGGGCAGCUAAUAGCCAAUCGCUUUCAGUUAUAUUAAUAAAAUUAAUACUUAUUUCUUGAGUAUUUUCCCAGAACUCUUCAGUACCCGCUUUAGAAUCGGGGUUCGGGUUACGGCCUAGAGCAUCUGCGUGACGCAGUUGAAGGCCUGGCCGGUGUUUAAUGUCAUAGUCGUACUCAUUUAAUUCCAUUACCCAACGCCCGAUUCUGGGGUUUAUUUCGGCCUUUUUGAAAGUAUUUACGACAGCCGAACAAUCUGUAAGAAUUACAAAUUUUCUGUCAAAUAAAUAAUGGCGAAACUUUUGUACAGACAUUACAAUAGUUUCGAGUUCGAAUGAAUGGUAUUUUUGCUAUUCUUUUGUUGUUUGUUUACUGUAAUAGGCGAUUGGAUAUUCUUUUCCGUUUACUACUUCAAUUAAAACGCUUCCUAUACCUAUCCUACUUGCGUCCGUGUACAGUAGUGUCUCUAAAUUUUUAUCAAAAAUUUGCAAAACCGGUUUAUUUAUUAAAAUAGAUUUUAAAUUUUCGAAUGCAUCUUGCUGUCGUUUUUCCCAUUUCCAGUUUACAUCUUUAUGCAAGAGUUCACUUAAUGGUUUUGACUUGUCUGCAUAUUUAUGAAUGAAUUUUCUAAAAUAGCUAGUUAGACCUAAAAAUUAGCGAACAUUAUGUACGUCUUGAGGUAUAGCGAAUUGUUUAACGGCACUUAUUUUACUAUCUGUGGGGCGUAUGGACGACUUUGAGAUUUCAUAGCCUAAAAAUUCAAUUUUCUUUUGUAAGAAGUAACAUUUUUUUAGGUUAAAAGUUAGCCCAAAAUUUUGAAAAAGCUGUAAAACAUCGCGUAAUGUGUUUCUUCUUCAAUCGUCUUUCCGGGAAUUAAUAUGUCAUCUAAAUAAAGUAAAACAGUCUGAAAUCUUAAUUUUCCUAAUAUUUUAUUCACAAUUUUUUGAAAAACCGAUGGGGCAUUUGUUAAGCCAAAAGGUACUUUAAGAAACUCAUAAUGGCCAUCUUGCGUAGUAAAGGCCGUCUUAUGUAUAGAUUCGUCCGCAAUUUUUAUCUGAUAAUAGCCCGAUGCAAGAUCUAAACUACAAAAAUAUGUGUACCUCGACAACCGAUCAAUCUGAUCCUCUAUUAAUGGCAACGGGUAUUUAUUCGGGAUUGUUUGUUCAUUCAAACUUCUAUAAUCUACGCAUAGCCUGUGACCUCCAUCUUUUUUUGUUACCAGUAGAACGGGACUUGCGUACGCUGAAUCGCAUUCCCUAAUAAUGCCAUGUUUUAAUAGCUCGUCUAUGAGAUCACGUAUUAUUUCACGUUCUUUUUCAGGGUAUCUUCGUGGCCUGUGAAUUAUAGGUAUAUUUGUUAUCAAAUCAAUGCGCAUUUCUUCCGUACAUGUACCUACAUCAAAACUGUUAGUUGCAAAAGAUGUUUUAAAAUUAUUUAGUAGCUUUAAAACAGACUUAAAAGGUGAAAUAAUAGCGUGAUUAAUUAGUGAACAUUCACUGCCGAAAUCGAUAAAACAUUUAACAGGCUUGUUUUGGAGAUAUAUAUUUUUUAUAUAUUUUUGCAUGGGUUUAUUAAUUGCAGAAUUUGGUUGUCAUAAUGAAUUAUGGUAAGCAACAACAGCGUUGCUAGGUUGAUUUUUAUAUGGACAUUUACGUCUUAAGUGUCCUUUUUGUUUGCAAUUAUAAGAAGUAGACAUAGCUGAUGCUGAAGCUCGAAAAUUUUGGGAAGUAAGGGUGUUAGAGUUAUCUUGUUCUGGAGUGUCUAAUUUUUCAUCAAAAGUUUUUAAGUAUCGCGCUAAUUUUGCAGGGUUAGUUAUUUCUGCGGUUUCUACUGAAAAUUUAAUUUGUUGAUUUUUUAUUCCCCCCAUUAUUAAACUGACCUUUAAUCUUCGUCCGUUAUAAGCAAUUUCAUUUUGUUAAUUAAAGCCAAUUUUUCAAAACAAUAUUCGUACAAGCUUUGAUUAUUUUGUGGAACACACUUCAGCAUGUUUGUCAUGUCAGCAUGAAGAUUUCUUUUAAGGAUAAACUGAUUUUUUAAUAAUUCUUUCCAUUCGGUCCAAGUAAAUAUGCGUAUGGUCAACCCGCGAUACCAGGUUUCAGCUGAACCACGCAAUUUACUGAGGGCCAAGUGGCAAGUAAUACGAUCACUCCAAUUAUUAAUGAACGAAUAUUCGUCAAUUGCAUUUAACCAUUCCACAAUGUCAUCGUUUAUCGGAUUAAAUUCAUGAAUUAAGUUAUUACUGAUCAACCCAGAGUUUCUUGACCUAUCUGCAAUUCCUUCAAUACCUUGAAGUAAAGCUCGACUUAACGAAAUAAUAGACUCACUACCCUCCUGCUGAUGAGAACUCUGCUCACUCGUAGACACAACUGCCAAAGGCGGGGUGUAGCUCCUGUUUUGGGCGGAUGAUUGACGUCGUCGGAUUGCAUACACAUCACGAUCACCACUUCGCGAACGGCUACGAGCACUAGGGGUUAUGGGUCGGUCCCUCCGCCGGUCACUAAUUGCGCGAUGACGAUGCAUUGUUUUACUCAGGUGUCAUCAGACGGAGUUGUUAUCCCACUUCUGUGUAAUCAAGGUGUUUUGAAAGUAGAAUACUCGUUUGAACACUUGGGAUUUAUUAAAAUGUAAAGUACAAAAUAUAAAACUAUCGAGUUUUUAGACUAACGGAAAAAGAAAUGUCUGCCGAGAGUGUUAAAUGCCAACUGCCCUAUCUUUCCUUUUGGGUCCUUAGCGUGCCCGACGUAACUCGACACCCACUUGAUAAAAACCUCCAUAUCGGUUUUUUUUUCCCCGGUCGAUUUCGUCGAGUCUUACGAAUAUUGUCUAUAACAGUUGUAACUCCCUUACAAUGAAUUCAUUUAUAUUUUCAGUGGUUUCGCAAUUUUUUACAAAAUUUUUUAUGCGAGUUAUUAUGCUUUUUGUACGCACACGUUUCCUUUUGAGAAUGUCAAUGUCUACGCUAGUUUUUUGAGCAAUGUAAAUUCUAAAUAAAAUUGCCGACAAGUCGUAGCGAAUUGACUUUCCAAAUGGAUUCGAACGUAAAGCAAACUAAUUAAAAAAUGCUUUUGAGACCGUGUCCAUUCAAAUGUUUUUUUUUUUUAAUAAAUCACGUAUCGCAAUUUAACCGGGUAGAUCAAACCUGCGUGCUUCUCCGAAACACUCCGGUGCCGCAAAGAGGCGCCGCGGUUCGAACUCUUGCUUCAUGCGCCGCCAUCUGCCGGGUUUCUCGACGCGGCGAUGCAGCUGGCGUGCGUGCUGUUUUGAGCCGGGGGAACUGUCUGGUCAAAACCUCGUUCCAGGCUUACCUUUCCUUUGGGAUGUAAAAUGAUGUGUGCUUUCCUGCGGGUUUUGUUUCGAUCCUCGGGAACAGCGGGGUUGCUGUCUGGUCGAAACUCGAGUUUUGAAAGCCGUGUGCUUUCUUCCUGGGGCUCUGAAGCCAGGUGCUUCCUUGGAAACCGGGUGCUUCCUUUCUGGGGGUUUCGAAAGCCGAGUGCUUUCUUUCCGGGGGUUUGGAAACCGGGUGCUUCCUUCCUGGGGGUUUGAAAGCCGGGUGCUUCCUUCCUGGGGUUGUGAAAGCCGGGUGCUUUCCUCCGAGCCAAUUUUGAGCCGCGACUUACUUCACUUGUUGCGAGGGUAUGUUCAAUUGCACUUGCAAAUACUUUCGACACAACCGACGAACGAACCGAAUGAAUUAUCCGGCUCGAAGGACCAAAAAAUGUGCGAUGAAAAUGAACUGCUGUCCUUUUGAACGAUUUUAUUUGCACACUUGUACAAACCGAACAAAUUUGCGUCUUAAUUAGGGAGGUUUUUGAAAUAGCUUCUGCACGUUGUGAUAGCAAGACGGCGACUGGCGAGGCUGGCGCGCGGGUGCGACGUUGAUGCGCAGCGAGGUUGCCGAAUGAGAACGCUCAGCGUUAAUCGCGCGGUUUUUUAAAUUUAAACAGUAGGUACACAUCGGUCUUGACCUCCUCUGCCCAAAGCGAUUUUUCCAAGCCAACAUCAAAUAGGUUUCUCCACCACGGUACGGUUCAUCCAUUCUAACAUUCCGUUUUCUUGAGAACUGUAGGGGUUUGUUUUCUGAUGACUUAUCUUAUGCUAAGGAAUACUUUGAACUUGGAACUUUAAAAUUCGCCACCAUUAUCUGUUUUAAUUUUGCGGCUUUUCUGGUUUUCAACUAAAAUUUUGCAUUGUUUAAAGCAACUGAAAAUUCAUCCAACCCUUGGUUUUUAAGGAAUAUACAAAUACCAUCCUACUAUAGUCAUCCUCAAACAGUAGAAAAUACCUGGAACCACCAAUGGAGUUUGUUUCCAUGGGUCCUCACACUUCAGAGUGCAUAACCUCCACAAUCUCUUUUGCUUAACUGCCUUUUUGUGAAAACAAUAACCUUGAAUGCUUGCCUUCACAACAUACCACACAAUUACUUUUGUCUAAUGUUGCAAGCCCUGUGAAAUCAAUUCCUGACACGACUCCGUUCUUCAUCUUGUUUAAAGAAUUGCUAUGCAGUUGUCCCCCUUGCCACUGUAGCUGUAGCUGCUACUAGACAGUUUCCUGUUCCAUUCACUAAAUUUG